AUGAGUCGUCACCUCCUAAAAGCGUAUUAGAUGUGAUGAAGAGCCUUCUCUUAUUGUGCGGUGACGUGACUCAAUCGUUGUAUAUUAAAUCACGCAAAUAUAAAAUUUAUAAAACUAGAAAAUACAAAUUUUCGGAUAUUUAGAAGUAUUUCUAAAUAAAUAUAUUAAUUAUAAUUCAAUAAAACUUCCAAAAAUAGCGGUAAUUUUCCAGGUCGAUCACAGGGAUGUAAUAUAAUAUUUUGUAAUUAUUCAGAUUUUUUCUCAAUGAAUAUGAUUUUCUAUAAAUUUUAUACUAGAAAAUGAAAAGAAAAUAUAUUUAAAAUUCACGAAAAAGAAGGAAAUAAGGGUGCGGACGUCAGGAUGACGUCAGCGCCCGGCGAACGUGAAUCGGGCGGAAACAGAGUUUCACCCGGCGAUUCUUACGUAAGCGAUUACAGACGAUUUAAUUAAUCAAAUUAAGAUCUGUAAAAGCCGGAAGAAUCGUAAUUGAACGAAGUAUAGUUUGGUAAAUUAAAAUCACACAAAGUAUCACUAAAUGAAGCGUAAAUUAAAUUGAAAGUAGGAAAAUAGAGUUCCGGCGUCGCGACGGCGAUGCGUCGGCGAUGCACCGGAAUCCUGAGCGUUCGGGAGGAUCGUCGUGUAGUGUCCACGGCCUCAAAGGCUCUCCUUGGACAAAGACGACGUAGGCAAUCUCUAGAUCUUCUCGCGAAGUCUAGAGAUUAAUGAAAUGGGUCGUCGAGUCGUCUCUGGCGACUGUCACCCGGCGGAGCGGAAAAAUAGCGACUUUGCGGCUCUCCGACGGCUGUCACCUGACGAAGAGGAGCUAGAUGGAGGUGGGGCGCAUGUCAGGGAGCUUCAUCCUCAGGUCCGCGCAGCAAGAGGAGGCUCUUCAUCGCAUCCGGUACGCUCUCAGGAGGUGGCGACUCGUCUCCCGGCGGAUCGUCCUCUUCCCGACGAUGGCUUGUUCGUCGAUCAAUCGGAGAUGAUUUACUCGAUGGAUUCGCGAUCUUUUUAUCGCGAAUCGUUCAACAAUUUUAGUAGCAAUGCUCCGCGAAUCGCGUUGACGAGAUUUUUGCCGAUGAUCCAGCGAUUCUGGUUGCUUAAUCCUUCACCGGCGAUCUGCAGGAAAGUCGCGAUAAUCAGAUAAAAAUAUAUGAAUUUUGACUCUGGGAGGAUUCGAACCCACGCCGGUUGUCCGGCCCUUCUAAGGAAGGUGUGACGCGGGUUUAGUCCCACAUCGGUUGUGCGCCAAUUUUUCAGGCGAAUAUAUAGUAAUCUUAGCUUUGUAAACAAACUCCCUUCUCUCACGUGUACCACUCCUUGCCCCACAGCCGGCUGGCCACCGGUGACGUGGAAGGGGAGUGGGGCGCACACGUGCCCCUAUCGGUCCAAGCCGCUCGAGCCCCUGCUCGCGGCUACUCCCUGACUGAGCUUCCGUCCCGCUUGCGGGCCCGGCUGGCCGGGGGGUUCCCCCCAUUUUGCAAUAUUUUAGUUUUAUUUUUUUUUCUUCAUUUAUCUCAAAAGUAAGACUAUAAAAAUCAUAUAAAUUCGUAUAAAAUCACAUAAUUACCCAAAAAUCACAUUAAUCAACUGAAAACCACUUUUCAUAAUUUAACACAAAUAUAAGUCUAUUUAUCAUGAGUUAAGCCUAAAACUAUAUUAUUUACUAAUUAUUAACUCAUGAUAAUGAAGACUUAUCAUGCGGGCCUAAGGAUGAAGCUUUUUAAGACACGUCCUACUCUAUUUAGCUCAUCUCUAUCAGGUGACAACCACUAGAUAGUCGCAAAGUCAUCAUUUUGUCCGUUCCAUCAUGUAAUAGCCACUAGAGAUGAUUCAACAACUUAUUUCAUUGAUCUUUAGACUUUGUAAGAAGAUCUAGAGAUUGCCUACGUCGUCCUUAUCCGAGGAGAAUCUUUGAAGCCAUAGACAUCAUUUGAUGAUCCUCUUAAAUACAAAAUUUUAAUGAUCACUAUCGUGAGUCUAAAACUUUGUCUUUCCUAUUUUCAACUUAAUUUUUACUUUAUUUAGUGAUAAUUUGUGUGAUGUCAAGUUUCUAAACUAUUCUUUAUUCAAUUACAAUUCUUCUAACUUUUAUUAAUUUUAAUUUGACUAAUUAAAUCAACUAUAAUCAUUUACGUAAGAAUUGUUGAGUAGAACUCUAUUUUCACUCAAUUUACAUUUAUUGAGUGCUAAUGUCAUUCUUACAUCUGCACCCUUAUUUUUCUUUUUUGUCAAUUUGAAAUAUAUUUUAUUUUUAUGUUUUAGUAUAAAAUUCAUAAAAUAAUGUAUUAUUUAUAGAAAAUUCUGAAAUAUUACUUAAUAUUAUAUUCCAUCCUUAUGAUUGACCUAAAGUUUUUUCACUAUUUUUAGAACUUUUAUUGAAUUAUAAUUAAUAUAUUUAUUCAUAAAUACUUCUAAAUAUCUAAAAAUUAGUAUUUUCUAGUUUUAUAAAUUUUAAAUUUAUGUGAUUUAUUAUACAACAACUAAGUUACAUUGCAUAACUUUAGGGCUUUCUAUCAGCCUCUACCUAUUUCGCAACGCUGGCUAUUGUAGUCACUACGGCCAACAUAGCCACUGCCUUUGUUGCCAUAGCCACUGCCACCAAUGUGUUAGGGUUUUCUAUUGGUCACCACCUCCUUCAUGAUGCUGGCUGCCGUAGCCAUUGUUGUCCCUAUCACCAUAGCCACUGCCACUGCUGUUGCCACCGUCAUAGCCACUGCUGCCUCUAUAGAAACUACUAGGGUUUUCUAUCAACUGUUGCCUCCUUCAUGAUGCUGGCUGCCAUUCCACCACCGCUGCCGCCAUAGCCACCAAGUACCAUGUGUCGUUGCACACAGCAGCAUGUCAUCAUGCAAUGUGCAUCGUCGCACGUAGCAGCACAUCAUGUGUUGUUGUACACAUUAGCACGUAGCCAUGCAUUUUGUGCAGUAGCAUGCAGUUCACAGUCACACGAUGCACGUCGUGCACGCCCAGUAGGGCUGGCCAACACAACCUCCAGCUGGUCAGCAUUCUUCUAAGCUCCUUCUUGCCCUAGGACCAUCCUAAGGGGCCACUUGCCCUCUUCCAUCUUGUAGGGCACACCCGGGGCCUGUCUACCCUAGGGCAUCCUAGGUGUACAUCUCCAGCAGCGGCCUAUCUGUGUGUUCAAGGACUCCCCCCUGCGUCACUUCUCCGCCGACAUGUUUGACAACUUGGGGAGUUCCAUGAGAUCUAUGGGUAUUGUUCUUGCAAUGCCUACAACACAUUUGACUCCUUCAUCGAGGGUUGCGAUGAUCGUCACUCACCACUUAUCGGGUGUUGAGAAUUAUUGACAAUGGAGCCGUAUUGUUAGUGUUUAUCUUGCAUGAUAAGAUCUACUGCCUCUCAUUACGGAGGAUACAUUGAUGAAGCCCGAGACACUUUAGAAAUAAAACCAUGAUGAUCAACAUCUAUUGGGCUCUUUGUGGGCCUCCCUCGAGCCUCAUGUGCAUGAUAUUGUACAUGACUUCAACAUGUGCCGACAAGUGUGGGAUCAUCUUGGAUUGAUCUACUCCAACAAUCUCACAUGCCAAUAUGAUGUUCAAGCCAAGUUCUAUGAGAUGCGAAAGGAGCAUUGCUCAUUAGUGGAGUACUUUGGAACAUUUGUUAAGGCUAAGCGAGAACUUAUUUCAUUGAUGUCACUAUCCACCAAUCUUGCAAUGAUGUAGUGCCAACGUGAUCAAUCCAAUGUCAUCAACUUUUAACAUAGUCUUCCAACAGAAUUUGAUGGUGCAUGAAGCAAAUUCUUGUUAAAGUUAAAAGUUCCUUCCUUUGUUGAAGUUUUUCACCAUCUCUCUUGGGCGCCUAUUACUUUAGUGGCUUCCUCUCCAUCACCUGAGUCUAUUACCCUAGCCACUUCUUCUGUUGCUCCUUCUAAUUGUAGUUGUUCUAGUGGCUUUGGAGAUCGGGGACGUGAUGGAGGCACAUGUGGUGGCAAGCAUGGUAAAUCUGAUUGUCAUCUUGAGUGUUCACAUUGUGAUUGGGAGGGUCAUAUUCAAGAUCAUUACUAUGCUCUUCAUGGGUAUCCCAAGGCUCACACUGCUAUAUUAAAUGAGACCAUUGCGCAUCCACCGACUCGACCACCGACUCCAUCCACUCCCCUUGGUUUUGUCUUGACCAAAGAUGAGGUGCAACGAGUUGUCUAAGAAUGUAUGACUGCUCAAUAUUUAUCUCAGUAGAUUGGGACUCCAAUUGUACCUUUUGCUCUGCACCAUCAUGAGCAUGUUGCCUUUAUUACUCGACCAUUGUCUCAACCCUUUAUGACUCAGCUGUCUAUGGCUCAACCAUAUAUUACUAUAACACCUAUGUUUGUUAACAUGUCUCAGCCAUGAGUCCUUGAUUUAGGUGUCACUCAUCAUAUCUCCAAUAUACGUUCUCAUUUCACCUCAUACUCAAAUUCUUCUCAUUCUUUGCUCACCCUUCUCAAUGGAUCAAAGACUUCGGUUCUUCGUGAAUCUUGUGUUGUACAGAAUCUAAAGAUUGAAAAUAAGAUUGAUAAAAAGUUGAGCAUUGUGGUAUUUAUUACUUGCAUCCUCUAUAUCCAAUGGCUUGUGUUAAUGUCUCUCCGCUUCAAAUUCAUAGUUAACUUGGGCAUGCCUCUCUUUCAAAGCGUAAGCAUUUGUUUCGUGGUUUGUCGCAUUUGUCUACCCUUAAGUCUACCUCUUGUGAAUUUGAAAAGACACUAAAACAAUCUUUCUUUCCUAUUCAUAUCUUAGAGUUACAUCUCCUUUUGAACUUGUUCAUUUUGAUAUUUAGGGUCUGAGUCGUGUGUCUACACAACUUUUUUUUUUCCCAAAGUAAAUUCUUCAUAUCUGGGGGAAAGCAAGUACAAACAUUGAGUGCUAUGUCUAAUGGGGGGGAAGGGGUUGGUGGUGUGGUUCUCCACACUUCCACACUUCCUAAUGCUAAGAUUUGAGAGGGUACAUAUGUGAUCAAUGGUCCAUGUCACCCACCCCUCCAUUCAUUACUAGGUGGGCCUAAUGGUUCUCCACCUUACCAUCUUAAUGUCUUCCUAUUGUUUUAUAGGCAAAGGGCUUGAGAAGUGCCCAAAUAACCUUCACCUGAUGUAGAUUAGUGAGGAGAUAUCCCCUUGAUUUGUACUCCUUUGACUAUUGAUUUCUCAUCCGAAAUUAAGACUAUACCCUUUUGUUGCUCUUAGUAGGUGACGGCCCAAGUAAAGUGGGUAGCUUUUUCUCAUGAAUUUAUCCCUUCCUCCCUUGCCUCUACUCUCUUUCCCCAAUUUUUUUUUUUUUUUUUGGGGGGUGAGGAAGUUACUGACUUUUUGCACUUUCACUCCACAACCCCAAACUUUCCCCGCCUUUUCAUCUUUUCUACAGAGGGUGCAUUAUAUGUCCAUGGGUAGGCAUCUAGUCUCUAGAGAAUAGGUCAGAGGCUUCCCACAUUGUCUUGAGUACUUCAGGUCAGUCACCUAUGCCCAUUUCAUGUGCCCCACAUCCAGUAGAACUUUGGGGAAUCAGUGAAGAUGAGUAAUUUGGAGAAGACCAUGGAGACCAUCUCGAUCCUACAGAGAGAGGGUUAGACAUUGUAGUAACAAAGUUUGUGGGUAGUUAUGGAGACUACUCCAUUCUAUCUUCACAUCAUCCUCUUGGGUCUUUGUCUAGUUGAUUCCUUGAUAUGUGGGGAUUUCAAUCUAAAAGGUGAUUGUGGGCCCCAUAUCCUGCAUCCUUGCUGGCCUUGGAGCUGUAGGUUUUAUAAAAAUAAGUUGUAUGGAUUGGGGACUCAUACUCCAAGGGGAUUUAACUCCCUCCUACUACUUGUUUGUGAUGGGGCCCAUGUUGAUUUUUGUCAGAUAUUUGGGAGGCCCCAUCUGUCUAAGUUGCAGCUGCCUCUCACUUCCUUUGGAAGGCCCUCCUAGUUAUUGAAUACACUAUCUUGUUGCAGCCGCACACCAAUUUUUGCAAGCAUGUCUAUCAGGUCAUUUCCUUUUCUAGAUUGAUGAUUUAUCCUACAUAUUAAAGGUAUAUGAUCUAGGAUUUGUUGCCACCAUUGAGUUAGUCACCACAUAUUAUAGGAUUUAUUUCAUAAUAUUAUAGCUAAAAUUAAAGGGUCAAUUUCUACUUCUACAUGUAAAAAUUGUAAUUUGGAAUAGAGAGUGAGGCCAUCUAUCAAAGCCCGACAUUCAACCUCCAUAUUCAUUGCAUGGUCAUACCCCUUGUGGAAGGCACAUAGUACCUUCCCCAUUGAAGCUUCGUUAACAUUCAGUUUGAUGGCUUCUUGGGGUGGAGGGGUCCAAACUAUGAUUUCGAUGAUGUAGGAUCUUGUGGAGGCAAGUAGGUGGACCCCCCACUUCUGGAGGGAUCUUUGCACUACUUGUGUGAUGGCAAGCUGGUCAUGCACCAUGCAAGCAAUUUUUCCAGCCUAGAUUUUACACCUAUAUAUGAUGACAGCAGCUAAGCAUUGGCCAUCACCUAUUUGUAUAGCAUUUUGUCCUUUCCACAAUUCCCACAAUCAGCAGGCAAAGGUAAGUUUAGGGAGGACUCCUUCCAUGGUCUUUUUUUGUUUGGGCCUAUGCACCUAGGAAGGUUCUAUGUGAUCGGUUCGUCAAGUUCUAUGUGAUCAGUUCCAUGGGAAGGUUCUAUCUGAUCGGUUCAACAAGUGAUAUGCACCUAGGAACCAUGUCCAACGUUUCGAAGCCCAUUCACUAUUGAAUAGAAGGUGUUCUAUUAUCUCUUCCUAAGGCCUCAGUUCACAACAUGUGCACUUGGAUGUUAUCUGGUAACUCCUCCUUAUGUUGUUAUCUAUUGGAAGAUGUCCAUAGAAAAAUUUCCAUAAGAUGAUUGAGAUUUUCAUAGGGAGAUACUCAUGCCAUAUCUCACUACCUAGGGUUUCACUAGGCCUUUCUUGUAAAAUCCUCCCAUGUUGAUUUCGUAGAGAAGAAUUCAUUUAUAGUGGGCAUCCAUAUUCUUACAUCCUCUUGAAUAGGCUCUGGGUCUAUGUUAAGGUCUAUGGAACUCACUAUUCUAUAGGAGAUCCCAGUAGCUUCUAGCAUAGAUCUCCAUUCCCUUCUCAUCAGUUGCUUCACAAUUAGGUUCGACCUAUCUAUGUCAAUUUGAUAGUAGUCUCCUAGGGCCCCUAAACCAGUCCAAUUAUCCUUCCACACAUUCAUCUCCCCAUGGCCUACCCUCCACAAUAUAAUAUUUUUCAUCAUAAUCCACAUUUCUUGUAAUUUUCUCUAUACCACUAGACAUUUUACCUCAUCCGUAAGUAGGGCCCCUUUACCAUAUUUUCCCCAUUAGAUCAGCCCACUAGGAUUUUGAGGUAUUAUAUCUUCACGCUAUCUUCAUUCCUAGAGAGAGCAUAUGUUCAUCUAAAGCUCUAAUGUCUAGUCCUCCUCUCAGUGCACAUAUGGAUUUCUAAGAGAUCCAAUGCAUUCUUCUCCUUUCUCUACUGCCUCCUCAUAGGAAAUUUGCCAUAUACUUAAUUUGGUAAUAAUUCAUAACGGUAAAUCAUAGACAACCAUUAAAUGUAUGAGGAUAUUACUUAGUAUGUGUCUGAUUAGUUGAUGCGAGCACAUGGGAAAAGGAUUUUAGCCUUCCAUCCCUCUAUCCUAUUUCUAAUUCUAUUAACUAGGGGUUCAAAAUACUCUAUCUUAGUGAAUUCUUUGAAGAUCGGACAUCCUAGAUAGUCAAGUAGGAAAGACCCUUGUCUAAAGUUUGUAAGAGUUGCUAACCCUCCUCAUAGUAGAUGGCAAAGAUUUCCUAUAGAUAUAAAAGAAGGAUUUCCGCUCACUUACUUUCUAUCUUGAGGUAUUUUUAUAAUUUCUCAAAAAUCAGAGGAUCCUAAUUGAUUUACUUCCUCCAUGCAAGAAUAUAAUGGUGUCAUCCACGAACAGAGAAUGACUAAUCAGCGGGUAUCCUCUCUUUAUAAAAUAAGGGAGGAUUUUCCACUUCUCACAUAAUUGUCUUAAGCCUCUGCUCAAGACUUCUUCUGUUAGGAUGAAAAGGGUAGACGACUGAGGGACUCCUUGUCUUAACCUCUACUGGCCAUAUAAGAAAGGGGAUGAUGUGCCACCCAACAAGAGAGAAAAAUGAUUGGAUUCAAUGCAAGAUGUGAUCUAGUCAAUCCAUCUCUCCACAAACCCAUAUUUUCUAAGCACAAUAUAAAAAAGGCCACUCAAGAUGAUCAUAUGCCUUUUCCAUAUCAAGUUUGAGGAUCAAAUUUGAUCUAGGGAUGUGGGUCUCAAUAGAUUGGGGCAUUUCCUGAACUAAAGGUAUGCUCUCUUGGAUUAGGCAUCCUUCUACAAAGGUACCUUGCUCUUUGGAGAUAAUAGUAGGGAGGAUGUGUCUUAGUCAUCUACAUAUGAUUUUGGAGAUAACUUUGUAACAUACAUUACAAAGGCUAAUUGAUCUAAAUUCUGCAAAGGAUUUUGAUACUAGAAUUUUCAGAAUCAGUGCUAUGAAGGUAGCCUUCUAAGAUCUAGGGAGGGUGUUACAGUAGAAAAAUUCUUAAUUACUAUGUAGAGGUCAGAUCCCAUCGUGUCCCAAUAGUUAGUAUAGAAAUUAACACUUAAAUCGUCUAGAUUGGGAGCACUAUGAAGCUUCAUGCUAAAAAAGCUGCUCCUAAUUUCCUCAUCAUUUGGGAUCCUACAUAGCAAGUUAUUUUGCCCUUGAGAAAUACUUCGCGGGAUGCACUCUGAGUUCCUCAUAUACCUCAAUAUAACCUGUCUUCAGUAGCUCUUCAAAAUAUUCUUUACAUGCCUCAAUCAUUUUUCUUCUAUCAUUCUCAUAUUUCUUCAAUAGCUCAUGUAUGUGAGAUAGAGCUUUCUCAGCUUCAUGGUGGAAUGUAAAUUUUUUGUGUUUUGAUCCCCUUCCUUAAGCCAUUUGAUUCUAAAUUUUUGUCACCAAAAUAUCUCUUGUUGGACUAAUAUUUCCUCAAACACCCUUCUUGUUUCUGUGAGCUAUCUCUAUACAUUAUUAUCCUCUCUUGUAAAUUAUCUUCCAGCUGUUCAAUUUCUUUUUCCUUGAUAUCUAGCUUUAGAUGAAUAUUCCUAAAAACAUUUAUAUUCCACCAUCUUAGGUGUUCUUUAAAGUUUCUAAUUUGGAAUAAGAAAUUAAUUAUUGGGCAGUUAGAAAUCGAUCCUCCCCAUUUUUGCCUAACAAAUCCCAUUUAGUAAUCAAUGGAAUCUAAAGAAGGAACCUCCCAAGUGAAGACACUUUCCUACCUCAAUCAAUAUGGGUGAAUGGUCUAAGUUGGUUUUGGGUUGAUAUAUGGCUUUAAUAGGAUUCAACUCUAGAGAUUUGGUGUUGACUAAGUGUCUAUCCAAUUGAUGGUAGAUACGUAGGUGACCUGACGUGACUCAGUCGUUGUAUAUUAAAUCACGCAAAUCUAAAAUUUAUAAAACUAGAAAAUACGAAUUUUCGGAUAUUUAGAAGUAUUUCUGAAUAAAUAUAUCAAUUAUAAUUCAAUAAAACUUCCAAAAAUAGCGGUAAUUUUUUAGGUCGAUCACAGGGAUGUAAUAUAAUAUCUGGUAAUUAUUCAGAAUUUUUUUCAAUGAAUACGAUUUUCUAUGAAUUUUAUACUAGGAAAUGAAAAGGAAAUAUAUUUAAAAUUCACGAAAAAGAAGGAAAUAAGGGUGCGGACGUCAGGAUGACAUCAGCGCCUGGCGAACGCGAAUCGGGUGGAAACAGAGUUCCGCCCGGUGAUUCUUACGAAAGCGAUUACAGACGAUUUAGUUAAUCAAAUUAAGAUCUGUAAAAGCCGGAAGAAUCGUAAUAGAACAAAGUAUAUUUUGGUAAAUUAAAAUCACACAAAGUAUCACUAAAUGAAGCGUAAAAUAAGUUUGAAAGUAGGAAAACAGAGUUCCGGCGUCGCGACGGCGAUGCGUCGGUGAUGCACCGGAAUCCUGAGCGUUCAGGAAGAUUGUUGUGCAGUGUCCACGGCCUCGAAGGCUCUCCUUGAACAAAGACGACGUGGGCAAUCUCUAGAUCUUCUCGCGAAGUCUAGAGAUCAAUGAAAUGGGUCGCUGAGUCGUCUCCGGCGGCUGUCACCCGGCAGAGCGGAAAAACGGCGACUUUGCGGCUCUCCGGCAGCUAUCACCCGACGGAGAGGAGCUGGAUGGAGGUGGGGCGCGUGUCAGAGAGCUUCAUCCUCAGGUCCGCGCAGCAAGAGGAGGCUCUUCAUCGCAUCUGGUACGCUCUCAGGAGGUGGCGACUCGUCUCCCGGCGGAUCGUCCUCUUCCCGACGACGGCUUGUUCGUCGAUCAAUCGGAGAUGAUUUACUCGAUGGAUUCACGAUCCUUUUAUCGCGAAUCGUUCAGCAAUUUUAGUAGCAAUGCUCCGCGAAUCGCGUUGACGAGAUUUUCGCCGAUGAUCCAGCGAUUCUGGUUGCUUAAUCCUUCACCGGCGAUCUACAAGAAAAUCGCGAUAAUCAGAUAAAAAUAUAUGAAUUUUGACUCUGGGAGGAUUCGAACCCGCGCCGGUUGUCCGCCCCCCCUUCUGAGGAAGGUGUGACGCGGGUUUAGACUCACAUCGGUUGUGCGCCGAUUUUUCAGGCGAAUAUAUAGUAAUGUUAGCUUUUUAGGCAAAGUCCCUUCUCUCGCGUGUACGACCACUCCUUGCCCCACAGCCGGCUGGCCACCGGUGACGUGGGAGGGGAGUGGCGCACACGUGCCCCUAUCGGUCCAAGCCGCUCGAGCCCCUACUCGCGGCUACUCCCUAACUGAGCUUCCGACCCGCUUGCGGGCCUGGUUGGCCGGUGGGUCCCCCCCAUUUUGCAAUAUUUUAGUUUUAUUUCUUUUUCUUCAUUUAUCUCAAAAGUAA